AUGUGUGGAGCUGCGUCGUCACAGUUGCGCUGCUAUGAGGCCUCUCAUUUUCUUCUCUGCAGCAACAGUUUCGCACGCAGGAGAGCUGUAUCUUUUGCUCUCUGUUGCUCUACAUGCGGAAGACACAAAUCGUUUCUCAUCGCUCUACUUCGACCUCUUCUCCUUCCCUCAGAUCUACCAUCAGCGCAUUACACAGCUCUUCCAGUAGACGAGUUCAACUCCAACACCUAUGCAGACAAAUGCGAUCUCACGAACAGCUCCACACACCAAAAAACAAAGCCCCACUUUACGAAGAUGCAGCUUCAGGGCCACAUUGAGGACUUUGAUGCGUCACUCUCCUGCGAUUCAACUGGUGACGCUCACACAGCGCUGGGGCGUCUGCAAAUGGACGGCAUUGCUCAGAUAGUGAGUUUCAUGGGCAAGCAGUCCACCACUCGCAGUGUUCACACACUGAGUGCCGUGUGUCCGCAGAUGAGGCUGGACAGAGAGACUCUGAGAAGUCACCGUGACGAUGAAAUGGACUGUCGUGGUGUGGCGGUAUGA